AUUGUGGGAGGUUUGUAACUCAAGGUCGUUACUCACUGUUGGUUGCACCCACCAAAAGCCGAACUGUGUUCUGACUAUCCUUUUUCUUUUUUGCAUGUGAAUUUGCAACCAAUCUUUAUGACUGUUUAAAUUAUCCAUCUAGAGAUUCCAAACAAGACUGUUGUUGUUUUGUAUCGCAGAUUUUAUAUCUAGACAAUUAACCAUUAUCAUCUUUGCUAUCGUAAAUCAGCAUUUCUUAUGUAUAUGUAAUGUCAACUGUCAGAGAGUUGAAAGAAUCACCGGUGGCCUCAGCGCAAGCCUAUGUUUUGCAGUUUAAUGCUGAGGACCGAACAUGGCUGCCUAGUGGUGGAACACGAUCUCUUUCUUGGGUUCAAAUAUUACAGCAGAAAGGUUUGGAUGCAUUUCGUAUAGUUGGUUGGCGCCAACCAGAUAACCAAGUUGUUGUCAAUUCAGUAUUGAAAGGUGGAUUAGAAUAUCAAAUACAUGGACAGUUUCAUGAAUGGCGUGAUCCAAUCACUUCAAGAGUUUAUGGUUUACAUUUCCCUGAACAAGAAGAAGCUUCGAUAUUUUUGAAGACAAUCAAUCUUAUUUUGAAUAGAUUAACAAAUCCCGAUUGUAAAGAUUCAAUUAGUGAUAUUAUAAAUAAUAAUUCACAGUCUUUACCGCGUGAAUAUGCUCAACCAUUCAUCCUCUCAACUACUUCUACUACUUCUACUACUAGUACCCAACAUGACUCAAUAAAUCGUUCAACAGCCUCUAAAGGAUGUACGGUUGUCAUCGCCCCAGUUCAUCCUAGUAAUAAUAAUAAAAUUGGACAAAUUGAAUCCAAUACUACAGAUGAUCCUGUAUGCUUGCCAAAAGAACCUGAACCAAAUGAAAUGGCUAAUUACCUAUACCAAGAACCUGUUCACCAAGUUAAUCAAAGGAAUCAAGUUUUCUCAAUGUCUUUAACUUCAAAUCCGAAUGUAGUAACUAUUAAUACUGCUACUGCUAAAGAUAUUGACGCAUUUCAAACACAUCGUCGUCAAUUGUCUUCUGCAUCAUCAAGUAGUUUGGGUUAUGCUACAGGUCCUGGGACAACAGCAGCUCCUUCUUCUGCUUCAUCAUCUGCCAGCUACGGUUAUGGUUAUGGUUAUGCAGGUUCAGGCAGUUUGGCUAGUUAUGCAAGUAGUAGCAGUGGUAGCAGUGUUGGGAAUGGUGUUGUUGUUCCUACUGCUAGCGGUGGUGGGUAUAUAGGGACUGUGAAUCGUUUGGGAAGUGCAAGUACAAAAAAUCCGUCCCAAGGGAAUGAUUCUUCCAACUGGUUAGGUUUGAAUUCUCAAGUUCCUCGUGAAUGUGACAAUCAAUCACCUAUUAACUCUGUUAGUACAAGCAAUCCAGGUUCACCAUCAACUUUGGUUUGUUCAUUUUCUACAACCAAUGAAGAUGAACUGAUCAAACAGUCCGAGUCUUCAGGAUUAGCUGCUAUGCUUCAAGAAGCUAUUGCUGCACGUUUACGUAACAAAGGAAAUCGAUACAAUUCUACCGAUGUGAAUACUUCAGCUUCUAUCAAUAAUCAGGUAUCAACUAUAAAACCGCAUCCUCCGCCACCUCCACCUCUUCUGUCUGUUGCUCAGACAAAUGUAACCGGUGGCGAGGUGAAUACAAUUAAACGUACUGAUUCUAUACAGCAAUUGAGAAGAGAUUCUACUGAUCAAAAGUCAUCGAUGAUAGCAGAAAUUCAACGUCGUAUACAGGCACGACGACGUCAAAUAGAUGCAGCUGAAGAAUGCAGUACAAAAGAAGAUAAUUGUCCUGAGCCGUCUGCCUCAAUAUCUUCUGAGAAUACCGUUGAUGUUAGUGACAGUGGGUUGGCUACUCUACAUCAUAUGUAGGAUCUAGUCGCAAUCAAAUUAAUUCUGCUGAUUCACCAUUGAACAGUGUCAUGAAUACGUGUUUAUCGUUUACGCGAACAGAAUUGGAGAUUUUACGCCGCGAGAUAGUCAUUGAAUUGCGUAAAGAGGUUCAGUUGGCAAAGAAUGAAAUUAUGGACUGCAUCAGACUGUACAAAGCUGUUUAAAUACAAACAUCACUGCUUUUUUUCCUUUUCUCCACAAUGAAUAUAUCCAUUUAUUUAAUGAAACAUCCAGUCAAUACAUAUAAUCUUACAUAACUACUUACCCAUAUGUCAUAAUUCACUCACUUAUGCCAGCGUACCCCCACCCAUAUACACACUCCACUAACUCAAUCAGCACUGUGAACAUAAGUUGGUGCAUAUUAACACAGAAGUUGCGUACGCUUAUUGUAAAAGAUUUAUGACUAUCUGUUUGCAUGUUAAAUUGAAUAGUGUAAUCAUAAUUUCCUGUGCCUAUCUCUCUCGACUGACACCCUACUACUGAAAAUCACUCAUAUACAGUGUUGUUGUUCUCUGGAUAAUGCCACUUUCAUUUGAUCUUAUCCAGUUACUUUUUUUUUCUUUUCCUUCAUUUUAAGUUUCAUUUCAUAAUUUAUACAUUCCAUUUAUGUUUGUUUAGUUAUUUUUCUAAACAAAAUGUUUCUUUUCAAUAUAUAUAUAUAUACUACUUACAAACGUCUUCAGUAUGCUGACUGUUGUAGUUCGAUAUUUUCUAGUUUUAUUUCCCAAUGGUCAUUUUUAUUCUAGUUGUCACAUUUAUUUCCGGUCAUUUUGUUUGUUUGUUUUGUUUUUGUAUCUUCGUGUGAGUUUUGAUAUAUGUGUAGUUAUUUAGUUAAUUUAUAUAUCAUGAAAUAUGCACACAUUGCCGUUUUUUUUCAACUUCAAAAAUGUGUAUCUCUCAGUUACACUUAGUAAUAUUUAUCAGUCAUACUAGUAGUAAUAAAUUCCACAUUACUUUUCAACUAAUCAACGUGUUGACUCUAUAUAUAAUUCCUGUUUUCUUCUUAUGCGACUGGUGUAUGUUGCUUAUGUUUACUAGGUUUCUUUUCAGUUAUAUCUAGCUAUAUUAAUUCUUCUCUGUAUUUUUUCCAUCAUUACAAAAGAAAGUUAAGUGUGUACAAACGUGAUUGUUUUUCGCAUUUUUCACUUACUUUUAUUUCCAUUUCAUAAUAGUAAACGAUCUCCAUUGUCGUGGUAUUUUGUACUAGUUUUAAUUUUCUUCCAUCGAUUUUCAUUUGUUGUAGGCAUACACGUAUAUAGUGCCUCUGGUUAUAACUGCUUUCCACCUUGUAGGCUAUCAAUAUUUAUGAAGAUAAUUUAUGUCAACUUUUUUGUUCACAUUUCUUUACUCUAUCUGUCUUCAUCCAAUGUCUGUUCAAGUGACGAUACGCAUAAAAUAUAUACAUCAUUAUUAUGGAAGCUUAUCAGUGGUUUUCGGCUGUGCUAAUGAUUACCAUGCCAACUGACGAAUAUCUCUAAACAGACCAGUUUGGAUCUGAAAAAUAAAGACAAACUCGAUAAAGAAACUUGCAUAUAGGUGGAUCGGUUCAAGUUACCACACUUCACUGUAGUAUAUCAAAGUAAGUAAAGGAUUGUGAGAGAAUGAAGUCUGAAGAUAAAGGUAAGUGCAAAUAUUCAAGCUUUAGAAGACGUUAAGAAGUGAAUUCAUCUGCGUCAUUGCGACCGAUUUUCAGCCAUAUCACCAAGAGUCAGACCUCAAUGACUGAUUCCCUUCGUCUCGGUGACCCCAACAGACAGUCUACAUCUCCCUAGACGGCUCAGAUCAAGAAUCAGCAACUUCGUCGACUUGUGCUACGCCUUGGUCUGGCCACCAUGAACCUUAUUCGAAGCUAAUCUAACUUUCCCUAACGCACGGCACAUUGAGGUAGGUGGUGGCUUGGCAUGCACACAACAUGUCCAAGCCAUCUCAGUUGACAAAGGUUCAAAACCUUAUCAACCAACUUGCCUGUCUCCUCUAGUGUCCUUCGCCUGACCUACAUAUUGCUCAUAUUGUGAUUUCACGAAACGUGAGCAAUGUUACGAAGAAAUCUCUGAUCGAAACCUUGUGAUCACUUCAUGUCGUCUACUUUUAACGGUCAUGUCUCACAUCCAUACAACAGAAUGAAGUGCAGCGUAGUAUACUCGUCCUUUGAUAGACAGCUGGAUAUUCGGUCAACGCUACAGAUGACGGAAGUUGGCAAUGCCAAAUGGGCCUUCUGUAUCCGAUGUGGGAUUUCGUCAGCAACCAGUCAUGUCCUCAAG